UUUAAAUGAGCGCGCCAAAAGGCAAGGGACAAACAGACAAAGAGGCUAGAGAGUGUCUGACUUUUAGGCGCUGCAUCCUUUGAUCAAAGCGCUGUGCGAUCCUUUGUUCCUUUCCAUUCUAUUCGCUCUAAUCGAAAACAGUUUACAUUCUUCUUGUUAUCCCGACAACGAACGGGUUUCUCGGUCUUUUCGCUUUGAACUCAUCUUGCGAUUGCGAAUCCGCGCGACAAUUCCUUUAUCAGUCGCAAACAGCUAGUCGCGGGGUUGAUUUUUGUACCUGACAGGUGUCAGGUCUAGUCUGCUUUGGUUACCCCGUACUUUUCUUGUAUUUCUCUCUUAUAGUCUACUACCAGUGAUUGCGCUGCCACUUCAAUAAGUGGAUAAUCUAGCGGGAUCAACAACAUGGUAUCAUUCUCAUGCGAGGCUUGCGGUGAUAUUCUCACAAAGAAGAAACUCGAUCCCCAUCGGAACCAAUGUCGCGGCGCAACCUUCACCUGCAUUGAUUGCAUGGUCCAUUUCCAGGGAACUACUUAUAGGGCACAUACGUCGUGCAUGACUGAAGCGCAGAAAUAUGAGGGCGCUCUAUAUAAGCCGAAGCAGACGAAGAACCAGCGGAAGGGAAAGAACGACUCCAGGCAGAAUGCGAAGCCAGCCACCAAUGGCCAUCGGGCACCAUAUGUUGAGGACGCCCCGGAAUCCGAUAAGUCUAAGGAGAACGUUUCGGCGCUGCCCGCUGCUCCUACUCCCCCGCUAAAUGGCAGUGAAAAGACCUCGGGUCCCGCUCAGGGCAAUCCCAAAGGGGUCAACGUAUUCGAUUUCCUAGUUGCUGAUAAAACACCGAACGCAUCGAAGGUGUCACUCACUCACCCGAAGGAGCAGAUGCAAAUGGUGGAUCACGCGCCUUCUGUCUUUGAAACCAGUAAGGCGCUGGCCCAUUACGAAACCGGGGAGGAUGAAGAUAAGCAGUAUGAUUUGCCGUAUGAAGAAAAUGGGUACUCUUACGGCGCCGGUCCCAUUCCACCAUCGGUAUAUCAACGCAAUGUCCCUAAUGCCUCAAUGGAAUUCAUGACCCCGGCCCCGAAAAAGAAGAAGGACCGCUCACGAAAGGCCGAGGAGAGCGCCAUUACUAGCGAGAAGAAGCGGAAGCGUCACAAUGAAGAUCAGGAGAUGGAAGAUGUCGACACUCCAAUCAUGGAAGCCCCAUCUAGCGUUUUGAACCACCCAGGCACGCCCAUGCUAAACCACUCCGGACUAACAGGUGGUUUGAGCCGGAUGCUCCGGUCUCCGUCUGUAGAGGCCGAAAACGAUCAUGCUGAUCACCCUCGCCGGCGUUACCAAGAUCCUUCAUCCCCCAUAAAGCGUACCCGUCGUGAUGAGAGGGACGGUGUUGAUGCUGGCUUGGGCAUUUCGAUGAAGAACCGUGCCGAACGCCUUGUCUCGUCUAUGUUCGGUGGUCCUGCCAUUUCAGAAAGCAGCAAAAAUAGCCACGAAUCUUCAAAGGAACUUUCUCGCUCGCGUCACCGUGGUUCAUCGGACGAUGGUGACGUGGAGGUUCGUCGAUCCAAAAAGGCGCAUCGUGUCGCGUCUGAUUCGCAGAAGUCCAAGCGCAAGAGUAGCGCCCAGAUGGAUGGCCGGCCGUCGCGACGUCUGAAGCAGAUUGAGUAUGCUGAGGGUUCCCGCUCUACGUCCCCACGUGGCGACGAUGGCCGUCAGGUUGUGGUGUACGGACAGCCAAACAUUCCUAGCGACCUACAGCGACAGAUGGGUGCUCAUUUCUUGUCAUUGGUGACCAAGGGCCCAGAAAGCCAACGAGGAUUUUCUGUGAAUAAGGUGUUAAAACGCUUCCACCGAGACUUCACGGACGAGUUUGAUGAUGACCGCGGUCGUGAACAAGGGCGGAGCCGUGCAGAUCAUGAGCAGAGAACUGAGGAUGAGAAAGAUCUUUGGCGUACAUUGCGCAUCAAGAGAAAUGAUCGGGGAGAAAUUGUCCUCUUUAUGUGAUCAUGGGUCCAACCGGGCCGCUCAUUGGAGUGCUUAUAUUCAUUUUCUUGUGCAUGGUAUUUAUCUUUUGCAUAGCGAUAUGACUUCGAUAUAUUUAUUAUCAACCUCUGACAAUGUCCUCUGACUUCCAAAGCAUGUUUCCCGACCUUUUUGUCUAUUUUCUUUUUUUCUCUCUACUCAUGUCAGGCUCCACCACUGUAAUGAAGUGUAUCAUUUCA